AUGUUCUCUUGCGCCAACUAUCCCCGCGGAUGCCGUGGCCGUGUUAACAUCUCGGGAGGCAAAUGCCCCGACUGUGUUCAACUGAACCUGCGUCGUCCGGCCUCGUCUUCCCCCUUUGCUCAGCCAAGGGACUACCGUCGUGCACUCCCAUCCGAGAUCCUCCAGAACUCCCCAUACAAGGCGAUGAUAACCCGCGAGAUGGCAUAG